AGUGGAGGGAAAAGACCGAAGGAAAUGAGACAACCUUUUCCUCCCACUGAGUCGCGCUUCUCCAGCGUCUGCGGGGCUCACUACCGCUGCCCGUGAGCGCCCAGGCUGAGACCCAGCGCCCCGCGCCCGCCUCGGCGUGUCUCCCCUGGGAUUUUUUCCGAGGCGCCAGUGCCGGCCCAAACCCUGGCCACAGCUUUGUUGCGUCCUCCCCUUAGUGAUCGGCUCCUGGUCUCCGAGCAAGGACCCCGGAAGUGCGCGUCGGUGGCUCUGGCGAAGGCAAAGAAAUGGAGGCACAGAGAGGCUAAGCAGUUUGCCCAAAGUCACACAGCUAAUGAAUGGGAGGACGACAACUGUGCUCAAGUCGGCAGAUAAACCGGCUGCAUUCAAAGCCAAACUGGAAUUAUGGGGGCAAUGAUUGAACGUUGGGAUUUUUGACAUGUUUCAAACAUUAGCAGAGAUUUUGAAAGAGACUGAGCCAAGACCUUCUUUCUCCCAGCUGGUACAUGAUCACCUAUCUCAUCUUUCAAAAGAGUUUGAGCAUUACUUCCCAACCACAAAAGACCCCUGACCUGGGAAGGAAUGGAUCCGUGACCCACUUGUGAAUAAACCAGGUGAAUCGACUUUGUCCGUGCUAGAAGAGGAGCAACUUCUUGAGAUCGCAAAUGACGGUGACCUUAAAAGUAUGUUUGAGACAACUUCAAAUCUCCAUACGUUCUGGAUUAAAGUCAAGGCAGAAUAUCCUGAGAUUGCCACAAAAGCACUGAAAAACCUGUUUUCAUUUCCAACAUCCUAUCCUUGUGAAGCAGGCUUUUCUGUAGUGACAGAAACCAAAACGAGAUUAUGGAGUAGACUGGACAUAAGCAACACACUUUGGGUGUCACUGUCUCCCAUCACCCCCAGAUGGAACCAUCUAGUUGCAGGAAAACAACUUCAGGGCUCCACUGAUUCUGCAUUAUGAGCUUGAGAAGCCAACUGAGGCCAACCAAGUUUCAGAGCUUCUACUGUCUGAUACUAGCAUCUCCAAGGAUGAACCAUUCUAACCAGAUACUCCUCUACUCUUAACAGUACACCUCUUCCCAGAAGAGAAGAGAGGGAGGGUGGCCACCUUGAUCCAGCUGAAGCAUCUCCAGGAGGCCUUUUCUGGAUGUCACAUCGAGGCUGCCCUUCUGCUACAACACGGAGCUGGUGAUCCCCGAGUUCGUGGACAUGGCUUUGCUCAGCAAUAUCCUAGAGGCCUAUUCCUUUGUCUCAGAAAAUACUGAGCGAGCAGCUCUGUACUUUGUCUCUGGUGUGUGCAUCGGGCUGGUCCUCACCGUAGCUGCCUUGGUGAUGAGGAUCUCUUGCCACACAGACUGCCGGCAGCAUCCCCAGAAGAAGUUCCUGCAGGACCAAGAAAGCAGCAGCAACAGCAGCGACAGCGAGGAUGGCAGCUCCUACGUGGCAUCCGACAUCUCAGUCAGGAGACAUCGUCGCUUCGAGAGGACUUUGAACCAGAACGUUUUCACCUCAGCGGAGGAGCUGGAGCGCGCCCAGCGGCUAGAGGAGCGGGAACGCAUCAUCAGGGAGAUUUGGAUGAAUGGCCAGCCCGAGGUUCCUGGCACCAGGAGCCUGAACCGCUACUACUAGGGGCAGGAGCAGGAAUCCACACCCCGCUGUUAGCCGCCUGAUAGAAAAAGGGUCCUGCAAGGAGGGCGGGCACAAAGAGUUGAACGCAGCUCUGCUAAUGUUAUGGUGGCAGAGAUAAGCAGGACAUUCCCAUUUUCUAGCCAGGAGGACUGAUUUCUCCCUUUUGACUAAAUUUAUGGAGAAGUAGAAAAACCAAGUUGGUUCAUCAACUUUUCCAGGUCUUGGAAUGGUGCUGAAAACCCUCUCCAGCAAUGUGGAUGGAGAUUAGAGAAAUGGAACUUGUAGUUUCUCUUGAUUUCUGAGGAUCUCAGAAGUUUCUGCAGACUUCAUUGCUAUGUGUUAUUUCUUUACAAAAGGAAAUAUUAUUACAGGCUGAGGGCUAGGAAGAGCAGGGUUAACUUAACCCAGUAAAUGCAACUUUCUAAAGGACUCCAUGCUAUGGAGGUGAUUUUGAUCCAGAUAGCAUGAUCAAUGCUUAUUGUUUAAGGUCUAUUCUUUCAAUCUUGUGUUGCAAUGGCAACCUCAGGGAUUAAAAUCCUAUUUUUUAUUACAGUUCCCACUUCACUCAUGAAAAUGAAUAAUGUAUUAUAGGAGAUGUGUCAGUGAACUAGAAAAAUGUCAAUAACCUCAAAGGAUGAAGCGUUUUAUUUUAAAUAGCUUAUAAAGAAUAUAUUAACAUGCAAUUAAUGCUACAUGCAUUUGAAAAUGCAGCACAAGAAUAAAAGCUGUGUUUUCCCCCCUUUUGGAGAGAAGAAAAUUUUGUUAUGACUCUAGAUAAUCAUGAUUUUAAACAAUUUGUUUUUUUUAAAAAACCCGUUUGGAUUUCUAAUAAAAGAAUAGGAAUAAAGCCAAAAUUAAGUUGGGAUAAAAAAUAAAUGUUACAUAAGAUCUU